UCGACGGGGCCCGACGUACGCUGCAUGCGCAUCGAAAAGCGGUAGAGGAUGCCGAAGAAGAAGAAUAACGCGAAGAAGGCCGCGGCGCCGGCCGGCGGCGACGACGACUGGGACGCUUUGAACGAGGCGCCCGCCGGCGGCGAGUCCGCGCCCGCGGCGCCUGCGGCGGAGCCGGCGCCGGCGCCGGAUCCGGAGCCGGAGGCCGGCGAGCCCGGCGGCGGCGAGGGCCAGGACGCCGCCGCCGCGUUCCUGAGCUCCAUGGGCGAGGGCGCGUCGGCCGCGAAGAAGAAGGACGACAAGAAGAAGAAGAAGGGCAAGAAGAAGGGCGGCGGCGGCGGCGACGACGAGGAGAAGGAGGCGCCCAAGGCCCAGUCCAAGGCCGGCAAGGCCAUCGCCGAGCGCCUCGCGAAGCAGCGCGCGGAGGAGGAGCGGCUCGCGGCGGAGAAGGCGGAGCAGGAGCGCGCGAUCCGCGAGGCCGAGGAGGCGGAGGCGCGCAAGGAGCAGGAAGAAAAAGAGAAGCGCGAGGCCAAGCUCGCGCGCAAGGCCGCGGCCCGCGAGGAGGCGAAGAAGGCCGGCACCUACGAGACGAAGAAGCAGAAGGAGGCGCGCCUCGCCGCGGAGCGGCGCCUCAAGUCGAUGCAGGACGCGGGCAUGCUGCCCCCCUCCGGCGGCCGCGCCGCGUCCAAGGUCGAGAAGAAGAAGCCCAAGGAGGUCAAGCCGCCGCCGGCGCCGGAGCCCGAGCCCGAGCCCGAGCCCGAGCCCGAGCCCGAGGCGGAGGUCGACGACUGGGAGGACGCGGGCGACGACGCCGCCGUCGACGAGGAGGAGGAGGACGAGGCGGACCUCGAGCAGAAGGCCAAGGACGAGGCGCUGCGGAAGGCGGGCGCGGCGUUCCGGAAGCGCGAGGAGGAGAAGAAGGCCGAGGAGGAGAAGCAGGCCGCGCUCGAGGCCGAGGCCGCCGAGAUGGCCGACAAGGCCGCGCGCGAGGCCGAGCUCAAGAAGCGCGAGUGCCGCGCGAAGCGCCUCGCGCGCGAGGCCGCGCGCGAGGCCGACCGGUCGAACGACCGCCUCCGGAGCCCCAUCUGCUGCAUCAUGGGCCACGUCGACACGGGCAAGACGAAGCUCCUGGACCGCAUCCGCCAGACCAACGUCCAGGACGGCGAGGCGGGGGGCAUCACGCAGCAGAUCGGCGCGACGCUGCGUGGACAUCAACCGCUGCUCGACAAGUUGGGCUACGUCGACGCCAUCAUGGGCGUCGGCGGCGAGCCCCAGCUGAAGCUGCCGGGUUUACUGGUUAUCGACACGCCGGGCCACGAGUCGUUUUCGAACCUGCGGUCGCGCGGCUCGUCGCUCUGCGACAUGGCCAUCCUCGUCGUGGAUUUGAUGCACGGCCUCGAGCCCCAGACCCUGGAGUCCAUCUCCCUGCUGAAGCGCAAGCGCACGCCCUUUGUCGUCGCGCUGAACAAGGUCGACCGGUGCUACGACUGGAAGGCCGUCGACGGCGCGUCGAUCCGCGAGACGCUCAAACAGCAGGCGGCGAACACGCUGGCCGAGUUCGAGUCCAAGAAGCAGAAGUGCUGCACGGAGCUCAACGAGCAGGGCCUGAACGUGGCGCUCUACUGGGAGAACGACGACCCCGCGGCGACGGUGUCGGUCGUGCCGACGUCGGCGAUCACGGGCGAGGGCGUGCCCGACCUGCUGCGCACCGUGCUGUCGCUGACGCAGCAGCGUUUGGCGUCGCACCUCGCCUUCUCCUACAACCUGCAGUGCACGGUGCUCGAGGUGAAGGUCGUCGAGGGUCUCGGCGCGACGCUCGACGUCAUCUUGGUGAACGGGUGCCUCCACCAGGGCGACACGAUGGUGCUCUGCACGCAGGACGGCGCCAUCGUGACCCAGGCGCGGUCCCUGCUCACGCCGCCGCCGUCGCGGGAGACGCGCGUCAAGAGCGACCUCAUCAAGCACGAGGCGCUCGAGGGCGCGAUCGGCCUCAAGAUCACGGGCGACUCGGAGCUGACCAAGGUCAUCCCCGGCACGUCGAUAAUGGUCAUGCACGCCGACGACGACGUCGAGGACAUCAAGGAGGAGGUCAUGAAGGACGUUUCCGGCCUCGUGGACACGCUGGCCACGGAGGCCAAGGGCGUCACCGUGCAGGCGUCGACGCUCGGAGCUUUAGAGGCGCUGCUCGAGUUCCUCCGGAACCCGGGCAAGGACCGCCAGGGCAAGGAGCGGCCGCCCAUCCCCGUCUUCUCCGCCACCGUGGGGCCCAUCCACAAGAAGGACGUCAUCCGGGCGGCGAUCAUGGCCCAAAAAGGCCACGACGAAUUCGCGUGCAUCCUCGGCUUCGACGUGCCCGUGGACCCGGACGCGCAAACCUACGCGGACAAGAACGGCGUGAAAAUCUUCACGGCGGAGAUCAUCUACCACCUCGAGACCCACUUCACGACGCACCUCGACGCCAUCAUGGAACAGCGGCGCGACGACGCGCGGAACGUCGCCGUCUUCCCCUCGACGUUCAAGAUCUCGCCGCGCCACGUCUUCAACCAGAAGGACCCCAUCAUCGUCGGCGGCACGGUCACCGACGGCAUCCUCAAGGUGGGCACGCCCCUCUGCAUCCCCCACCUCGGCUUCCUCGACAUCGGCGUCGUGCAGAGCAUCGAGAUCAACUCGAAGGACGUGACGACCGCGCGCAAGGGCACGGAGUGCGCGAUCCGCAUCGUCAACGCGUCGAACCCGACGAUGACCUACGGCCGCCAGUUCGACGACAAGCACGACCUCUUCUCCAAGCUCAACCGCGCGUCCAUCGACGCGCUCAAGAAGUACUUCAAGGACGACAUGACCGACGACGACUGGCGCCUCGUCAUCAAGCUCAAGAAGGUCUUCUCCGUCAUCUGAGGCGGCGAAAGGGCUGGUAAGAGGGCGCCGUCUUUC